AUGACUUCCAAGAGCGCUAGUCGCAACCGGUCAGGGCCCGGUGCCGUUUCUCUCCCUUCUCUUCACGGCGGGUCAUCGGAUUCACGCCACACGAUUCGACCGACCAUGUCCCCCAGGCUCGUUUCGUUUCUCUUCACGUUCAUUGUCUUCGUCUGUGCUAUCACUCCGGCUCGUGCUCAAACCAACAAGAUCUUCCAAUGGCAAUUUGCUCAGGCUCUCUCACAGUCCCUCCCGUCGUGUCGGUCGCUUGGCAUUCAAGUCAAGCCAUUCUUUGCGACCAACAAUACCCAUGGUGUUCCCCCAUUCUACAUGAUGAGCUUCCCCGUAAAUGGGAUGGGUACCCCUCAUAACACUCUUAUUGGCACGGAUGAGAGCAAUCUUGCGUGGACAGUUGACCAACCUGUUGGCGCUCAGCUCCUCCUGUAUGUUAUGGACUCAACAGGCAGUUCUGGGGGCGUUCCUCCUCAACUUUUCACAGUUGUCGCUGGUUCAUCGACCCAGUGCAUUCCUGCUGCCCCAACUGGCGCCCCGUUCACGGUCACUGCGAAUGUCACCGACACUCUCACUACUUGUCAAGCAUGGGGACUUACCAUCCAAGGCGGAACCCCUCCUUACAACGUCACUUUCGCUGCCCUCAAUUCUCCCGUUGUUACCAAUGUUACCAUGGGUCCCGUAGAUGACGCCUUCACUUUCAUCGACCGUGCCGACCCAGGCACUCAGUUGAUUGCUGCUAUUAGUGACCUAAAUGGCCGUUGGGCUUCCGGGACACCUAUUGUCAAAACCACUGGCUCGACCAAUGUUGACUGUGUGGGACUGGUCAGCAAGAGCGGCACGGCAGCGGAGAUCAAGCAACAGGCUUUGCAAGCAGCAGCGACGUCCAAGGCUCGCCAUCAGUCUGCCAUCAUCGCUGGCGUUGUUGUUACAAUCGUGGUUCUCCUUUUGCUGGCGGGCGUGGGAGUAUUCCUUUUCCUUCGUCGCCGCAAAGCUCUCAAAAAGACGGACAAAAUAACACCUCGUCAAUUUGAGAGUGGUGUUGGCGGUAUCAAUGUUGCGCCAGCAUACACAGAACAUGGAACUCAUAUCCUCUCCAUCAACUCGUUCAUCAGCCCUUCUUCGCCUACAGAGGUCAAGAGCCCUUCACAAUCCAACUUUUCGUCCCCUACCAAUACUUCAGCGGUCGGGUCCCUUGUUGGCUAUGACCGGCAACGCAUGAUGAGCGCGAUUCCUCCUCAGGACAAUGCUUCCAUCUCGUCAGUCCCACUAUCGACAACAACGGGUGGAGCGCUCAGCGUGCGUAAUCCACACCCCCACCGACCAGCAGUAUUUAGCAACUUCCCCACUGCGUCGGUGCGACGAUCAGCGAAGGCAAUUGAAGCGGGCAUGACAUCGAGCAUUUCGGAGGAUUCCGAGUUCUAUGAUGCAGCCACUACUUCCCGCUCUGUUGAACGUAGCCUCUCCGCUGGGCCCACCAGUGUCAUGGGACGUCAACCCUCACCCGCUCGUUCUGCCUCUGUUGGUGCCAAUACUCCAGCAGCGCAGGAGAUUAUCUACCAACACCAGGACGCGGGUGUUGUGCGCGAGCUUCCGCCACCAUAUAUGGGCCCACCACAGUCAUAA